CACACACACACACCCACACACACACACACACCCACACACACACACACCCACACCCACACACACACACACACACCGCCGGGCUCUAGACACCGAACGGCGGGGCGGGUCGAGUUAUCGCCCACCCCGCACGGCUUUGGGAGCUCCAGCGUGCGGCGAGCUAAAAAAAGAACAGUGCGCCGCGCCGGGCCGCGGCGGGCGCUGAGCUGCAGCCCAUCAAACAAGGGGCCCCCGGAGGCCGAAACGGCCGCAGGGCCGCGUGCACGCCGCCGGCUGCGCCAAGGGGCCUCGGUGCUGCAGCGGCCGUGCCGUGGCGGGGGCCAGCGCCCUUCCCCGCAUGCGGGCCUUCGCUGGGGCGCAGACAGGAAAUCUGAGCCGCCGCAGCGCUCGAAGGUGGGCGGAGAGGAGUCGCAAAGGCGCGCCGCGGGGGUGGACGGAAAGGAGGAAGGGGAAGGAGGAGGGACAGGGUGGUGGGGCGCGGUCUGACGAGCGCCCGCACGCCAGGACCUGCCGCAAAUUCACCACGCCCUAACAGCACGGCGGCAGCGCAAGCCCUCCAUCCUCCGCCCAUCGUCAGCCGCCGAGCCCCCAGAGGACCGGACCGCGACCGGCAGUGGCGCUCCUCUCCCCCCUCGCGCGGCCUUCGGCCGCACGUCGCCGCGCACCUGCUCGGGGGGGUCACGCGAACGUGGCGCUGAUGCCGCCCACCGUGCCGAAAACGAACAGCAGGACGCACAAGGCGCGCGCGGCCACCUCGUCUGGGUCGGUGAAGCUUGGCGUACACGAGCGCUGGAAAAAUGAAGUUGCACAGCACCCCCGCGAACGAACCGAGGUUGUCCAAGAC